AUGUCGUGUCUUUCUCCUGACGUCGUAGCUGCCACUAAGUGCAUCUGCCUUUCUUCCUCUUUUUUCCGAUCGGUCGUCGCCGUUCCUCUUGUUAUUACCUGCUACGCUUUGCCGGCGUCCACCUUCUUCCUCAGCACCCUUGACAACGUUGCAUGUUGUCGUCGUCGUCCGGUCGUUCACCCCUCCCCCUCGUCCGUGCAUCACAUAUGUUCGACUGACCGACCAGCCGUCGUUGUUUAUGUCUCGUCGUUGACGGUGGACUGUACCACAGCUGGUGGUAGAAUGCGUUCCAUUGGCCAGACCGAGACCGAGCCGAGCGCGGUUGUGGACCGCGGUUCAUCCAUCCACCGAAUGCAACAUGCCAAUUGGCGACUGCCGAAUAACGAGUGUCGCUGUGGUCCUUUGGACGUUAGUGUCGCAUGUCCUUAUGGACAGCAGCCGUUGAGUUUCGCCAAAUUCUCUCCCAAACGCGAGGUGUUUCCGCCGAAUGAUUUCACUUUCGCCGUCGCCGUCCUGCGGCAUGCAACCUCUUCUCCUCAAUUCGUUUGCCGCCGUCGUCAAGAGCCCUUCUGGCGGUGA